AUGAAUACGUCUGGCGAUGACAAUUCAACAACAAUGCAAAGACCAUUAUUGGAAGUGACUGCAGCAGAUGCAUCUAGAGAACAAAUCAUAGCAUUUGUAAAUCCAAAAUCUGGUGGUUUACAAGGUCAAACUGUAUUGGAACAAUUACGAUCUCAAUUAGGUGAACAAAAUGUAUAUGAUCUUGUACAAGAUCAUGGACCACAAAAAGGUUUAAAAGAUAAUCAAGAUGUAAAAAAUUUACGAAUCAUUGCAUGUGGUGGUGAUGGAACAGUUGGCUGGGUUCUAUCUGCACUUGAUACGACUCCAAUGCAAUAUAUGGAUUUAGUUAGCGUUGGUGUUGUUCCGUUAGGUACUGGAAAUGAUAUGGCGCGUUUUCUUGGUUGGGGUGUUGGUUAUCGUGGUGAAGAUUUAGCACCCAUGAUUCAAACUUUAGGUAAUUCAGAAUCUCGUCUACUUGAUCGCUGGCAAAUUGAUGUAAAACCUACUGCACAUACUGGUGUUUCUAGCUUAAAAAUCCCUCAACCUGUUUUUAAUAAUUAUCUAAGUUUUGGUGCAGAUGCACAAAUUGCUCUUGAUUUUCAUGAAAAACGUAAUGCAAGUCCACGUCGUUAUGCGAAUCGUAUAUUUAAUAAAUUAGCUUAUGGCUGUAUUAGUUGCAAUACAUUUUUUGAUCGUCGAUAUCUAUUUGGCAAUAUUGCCAAUUAUUUUGAAUUGCAUGUUGAUGGAAGAAAUAUGAAUGAGGAUUUAUUUCGUUUUCGCCCUGACGCUAUACUUAUAUUAAACAUUGCAUCGUAUGCAGCUGGUACCAAUCCAUGGCAAGGUGAUUACGAUACUCUUUGGUGUGCACAUUCACAAGCAGAUGAUGACCGAUUUCGUGAACAAAGCUGUUCCGACGGUUAUUUAGAAAUCGUCGGUUUUAAACAUUUUGAAUUAGCGAGAAUUCGAUUAGGAAGACGUGGUCAUCGAAUGGCACAAGGUAGCGAAAUAAAAUUAACUAUUCGACGAGAUCUACCAAUGGAAAUAGAUGGUGAACCAUUUUUACUUGGACCAUGUCAGAUUGUAAUAACACGUAAAAAUCAAGCUCGAAUGAUUAUUACUGAAAGAAGUAAAGCAGCUCAACAAGUUCAGUCAAAACGAGUUUGA